AUGUCAUCAUCUGGUCGUCGCUUUGUAUUCACCCUCCAUCACUGGACUGAUACUGAUUGGGAAUAUCUACCUCGACUCUGUGAUGCUAACACUGACAUUGAGUACAUGAAGGUUGCAAAGGAGACAGGUUCCGAAGGAGACACUCCCCAUCUGCAAGGCUGUGUCCAAUUUGUCCGAGAUUUCAAACAACGCGAGUCUAAAGUGUCUAAAAUUCUAAUGGGUCCGAAUAAAGAUAUAACACGCCCUGAUCCAAAGAACCCAGGUAAACACCUGAAACAUCAUUACCAUGUAAGACUCAUGCGCGGCUCCACACAAAAAGCUGCAGACUAUUGUGGCAGCAUUGCCAAAGAAGAAGGCUGUGAAAUCUUCGAAUAUGGUCAUCUAAAGGUUGUCAAGCGCGGGGAACGUUCGGACAUCCAUGAUGUUCAAGAAGCGAUUAAGAAAAUGGCUCAAGAAGGAACCCCUUUCGUUGAAGUGGAAGAGACCUUUCCAAAGUUCUUCAGUGAAAAACCAGAAUGGGUCCGACGGCUUUACAACCGGUACCGUAAGAUCCGCCAAAACUUUUUUGAGGAGCAUGAAAUGUUUAAAUGGCAACGGGAACUGGUAGAAUAUCUGAAUGACUAUCCACCAGACCCUCGUAAAAUCAUUUUCAUAGUAGAUGAAGAAGGCAACGGCGGCAAGUCUGAAAUACUACGAAACAUCGAGUUCCUUUUUCCCAAGAAAGCAGUGUUUGGUCUAGCACCCCAAGAUGUGGUUUCAAUGUCGUCUCUUUACCCUGACGAUGGCGCCGACAUAGUCAUCAUGGAUUGCCCACGCCAACAACAAUACAAUGAUUUAGCCUACAAAUUCCUUGAGCAGGUGAAGAAUGGAUCACUUGUUCAGACUAAAUACCAAUGCCAGCAGAAGGAAUUCAGAAUCCCCCAUGUUGUUGUUCUUAUGAAUCGCCGCCCAAAGACAGGGACGUCCAUUCUCUUUGAGGAUCGUUAUAUCAUUAAAGAGAUUGAAUUGGAACCCGAUGAAAAAGAAAGACUCCAUUCUCAGCAAACCGCAGCCCUCCCACCUUAUCUUGCAGAAUCGGUAACCCGAACCCGUGAAAUACUUGCUGAAUGUGAAGAAGUCAAGGAGGCAAAGCGGGCACGUUACUCAUUCAAUGAGCAGUAG